AUUAAAUGCAAAGGCAAACUAUUAGGAAAGCCACCACCACCAUCUCACCAGUGAGGUUGACAUAAAGCAAUUUCUUUUAAUGGCAAAAUGAUCCAACGGCAGCGGAUGGCCCCAACUUGGCAAUCCGACGGUUAGAAUGGCUUAUCGUCAGGGACAGACCAAACACGCCAUAGUAGAAAGCUCGAGAGCCCCGUGACUUCAUCCCAACUUUCGUCUCAGACGCGUGUGCGUGCAAUCUUCUCCUACCGCGAUUCCCCUCUCUAUCUCUCUCUACAUCCCCAGUCCUUCCGUACGGAUCUUUCUCCCUCUAUAUCUCUAUACAUAUGAUUUACUCUUUUUUAAUAAGUGAUUUUAUUGAAUCUGUCUGCUUAUGUAAAGCCUUGUGUUUGACAAUCUGCAGACCUCGAUCUAGAUCGUCCAGUAUCGAGUGCGUUGACCCUGUCAAUCAGUUCCCGAUUCAAGAUCCGGUGAUCUUUUUUAUUACACUAUAAAAUGAUUCGCUCACAAGAUUCUCAGCGCCCUCAUUUGCACUUCAAAAAUCCCUUUUCAGUGAUACUACCUAAAGGCUCAUCACACCUAUCCCCUAGGCUCCUCUCUCUUUUGAAUGCUUUCGAGAAAUCAUUGGCUGAGAAACUCACAAGUCUCAAGCCGGGAAGCGGGGUUCGUGCCCUGAGUUUCUCAUGGAUGAAAGAAGCUAUGGCUUCACUUGCUGCAAUACACACUAGUGUCCAAACCCUGGUCAAAGAACUUGACCUUCCAGUGUGUGGUUGGGAUGAGAAGUGGCUUGAUGUCUACAUGGACAACAGCGUGAGCUUGCUUGAUAUAUGCACUGCUUUCAGCUCUGAGAUUUUGAGGCUUAACCAAGGCAACCUUUACCUCCGGUGCACCGUGCAUACCCUAGACAGCGAACCGAAGCAGUUCCAUGCACGAGCGAGGUCGUCUUUGGAUGGAUGGAGGAGCCGACUGGGUUCCGAAAACCCACGGAUUGAGAAUUGCCCUAUGAUUUUGAACCGUCUCAUCGAGAGCCUGAAGUUCCCUAAUAAGAAAGAUUCUGGGAAAGAGAGAGUUUUGAUGAAAGCUUUGUAUGGUGUCCGGGUGGUGACCAUUUUUUUCUGCAGUGUGUUUGCCACUGCCUUCUCUGGUUCUGCUGGAGGGAAGUUGAAGAAGAAUUUUGAGGCGCUUGAGGGUUGUUUUUGGGCAGAUGCCUUUGCUGACCUUCAGAGUUCUGUGAACGAAGAAAUAGAGGGUGGUGGAGGUGUGACCAGACUGAAGGAGGUUGAAGAUGUUGAUGCAAGUGUGAAUAAGCUAUACGCCAUUGUUGAGUCUGACAAAGUUGAAGGAGAAUUAUUAAUAUUAUUGUCAAAUGCAACUUCGGAGUUAAGACAGAAUGCUGAUAAGCUCUGCGAAGGGCUUGAUCUGUUGGGGAAGGAAGUCGACGGAUUCUUUAGGAUUGUUCUGACGGCACGUGAUGCAAUGCUUUCUAACAUUAGAGUUGGUAGCCAUAAGGUAUCUAAAUCAAAAAAAGAGGAGAAGCUGUAUAGAGGGGCAAAUUGUGAUGUCAAGAAUAGGUAGCUACCGGGAGCAUGGGUCUUCUUCUUGUGUAUACAAAGGGGCUGCCUAAGUGUGUGUGUGGGGUGGAUUUGAUGUAAUACGGUUCCUUAUGUGGCGUUCAACCUCUACUUAAUUGCCAAAAUGUGUAGAGCAAUGUUUGUGAUAAAAAGCUGUGAGUUGUGGUCUAUCAAUCAUUAAUCAAGUAUGGAGUAUGUUCUAAUAUCCAUGAAAAGUUUACUUAGACUUUGAAAAAUUCUAUUCACCGCCAUUACAUUAAAUAUCAAAAAUAAAAUUGAUUGAAAUAUCUAAAUUACCCUUACAACCAUAUCACUCGUCGAAAUAGGUCAUCCAACCGUUGCUUCCGCAGUUCCGCAGAAGGAAAAGAGGAACAGUGAUGCAGCCGUGAAAUCCGUCCCGGCAGUCUCCUCAAAGCGGUUGUGGACUUGGCUGUGAUCAGACUGAAUUCCAUUUCGCACUAUUGCUUGGAGGAACUGAACAGAGGAAGGCGGUAAGGGCAAUGUUAUGCCCUUACUCCCUUAGGAUGCCAAUUCAGCUCCUACUUCACACAAAUGGGAAGAUAUUCUUGGGUAGGUGCCUCUUGGGCUGAAGGCGAUUACAUUGUUACCUAAUGGGCAUAUUAGGCAUUCUAAAAUGUUUGUAAUUAUUGCAAUAAUAUAUGUCUAUACCUACUUUGGGCAAGUUUUAUUUCAUCUUUUUGGCACUUAAGGCCCGCUUAAUUGGGUACUUGAGUGUGUGAGUUUUAUAGCCUACAGUAGUGAUGGACUCUGGUCCGGGCCGGGGCCGAGUCGGGCCUAGGCCCGGGCGGGCCGGCGGGUCAGAAAUGGUGGACCCGGGACCGGCCCGGGUAACCACCGGGUCCGGGCCGGGCCCAUUAUAAUUUUUUUUUGUUUGUUUUCCUCUUCCUAAUUAACCCCCCUCCCACCCCCAACCCCCAAACCACCCCAAAUGGCCCAAAAUACCCAGUCCAACCAAAAAAUUUAAAAAAAAUUGAAAAAAAAAAGUUUUUGGCCCGAACCGGGCCUUGUUUUGGGUGACCCGAGCCCGGACCGGAAAACCCACGGGCCGGGCCUACCCGGACCGGUCACUGACCGGGCCACCGGGUCGGGCCGGGCCGGAACAGUACCGGUCCGGCCCGGUUCCGGGUCGGGCCACCCGGCCCGAGUCCAUCACUAGCCUACAGUCUCGGGUUUAGUUCUCAUUGAAACCUGUUUGACAAAACGAAAAAGAAUUUUACCUUUAAGCAAAACAUUUACGGAGUAAAUCAAUUGGAUUAAAAAUCGUUUCCUACUUGCGAUUAAGAUUACUUGCUAGAAUGGGCGAAAUUGACACAGAACCAGACCCCCACUCCUAUUAUUGGAUUCCCUAAAAAGCAGCUACCGGGAAGAGUCUACCCUAAGGAUGGGUCAUGUCCAUUUUUGCGCCCAUGGGCGAUAUAGUAUAUUGGGCUUACACUCAAGAAAAAUUGUACACUAUGUAUAUUUUAUUUUUUAUAUCGUUACACUAUACAUAUUUAAAAUAUGAAUUUUAACUAAAAUACUCUAUAUCUAAUAAAGGUCAUAAAUAAAGGCAAAAGUCACUUUACUAUUAUUUAAAUUACAUAUUUCGGUAAAAGUAACAAUACAAGUAUAAAGUAUUACAUAAAAAGAAAAAUAUACUUAAAAUGUUUUUCGCGAAACAAAGCGAAGUAAAAUCAUCAAUAAUAAUCGCUUAUAAGAAAUAAAAAGCAUUAGAAACUAAAGAGAUAUUAAGAAUGAAAAGUCAUGUCUUUUAUUGAUUCAGCAAUAAUUACGUUGUUUUGAAAACUACAAUCAGUCCUACUUAAAAUUAAAGUACUAGUAUAUUCUUUUUAAGCAUGACUUCGUUUAAGACAUUUUACUUAGGUUCUAUUUUUACAAAUUGUCAACAAAAAUUAGACGUUAGGCCUAAUUAAUUGAACUUAAAAAUAAA